CCCUCCCCAUUCCACAUAUUUUACAGUGUGUGAGCUUGAACUUGGGUAUCUGUUUCGUGUUUGGGGUGUGGGUAAUUUGUAUGUCACUCACAUUUCUCUGCUUUUGUGUUUUUCUUUCAUUUCUCAUGCGGUUUCAGCUCCGUUUUCUGUGAACCCAAGAAAUUUUGGGAAUUUCAUGUUCGUUGCCAACCUUAAACUCGAAAAGCUUGAAGCUUGCUUCUAUCAUUUUUAUUAAAUUUUUUCAAGCAAUUGCCGUAUUUUUCUUUGAAAUUGUUACGUUCUUGCUGUGAAUGGCGUUUUGGGCUUGGGAUUUUGAAGUUUCAAUACUUCAGGAAAAAUAAGAAAAAGGGAACCAAGAAGAGGCUUUUAUGAGAUGAACGGUGAUCAACAUAUGGAGAUGCAUUACGUAAAUACAGGCUUCCCUUAUUGUGUUGCAGGGAAUUCUGCAUACUAUUUUGAUGGUUCCCAGGCCCCUUCACAGUACCCUAACCCGGAGCAAUUUCAUAAUGAGGAAACUACAUACUGGUCCAUGAAUAUGAAUUGGUACAAAUUUGGAUUUUCUGGCAUGGAAAAUUCUUAUUACACUCCUUACGAGUGUAGUAGCCAUUUAUCAACGAUGGAUCUCACCGAGCAGCAGCCUCCUUGGAACUACCCGGUCAUGAUGAACGUCGAAGAACCCGAGGCAGUAGAGACUGUAGAGGAGUCAACGUCGGAGGAGAAUACAGCCCCGAGUGUAGAUGCUAACCCUGAAGAUAGUAAUCCAGAACAGCAAGAUGGUGCUAACGAUCAGGUCAUUUUAGAAGAUGAUAUCGAUCCUGACAACAUGACCUAUGAGGAGUUGCUAGAUUUAGGCGAGGCAGUUGGAACUCAAAGUCGAGGUCUUUCUAAAGAACUUAUCGAUCUCCUUCCAACCUCUAAAUACAAGUUCAGCUGGAUCUUCUCCAAGAAAAGAUACGGAGAGAGAUGCGUGAUCUGUCAAAUGAAGUAUAAACGUGGAGACCGCCAAAUGAACUUGCCCUGCAAACAUGUCUACCACUCCGAUUGUGUGUCCAAGUGGCUGGGCAUUAACAAGACAUGCCCCAUUUGCAACGCGGAGGUAUCCAUCGAUGAACCUAGCCAAUAGACUAGAGAAGAGCCGAAGUAUAGUCAUGGAAGUCCCGAGCAGGCUAGCAUUAGCAAAGACAUGCCCAAGUGUUGAUGAAAGGAGGCAUUUGAACUAUAAAACAGUGAAAGUGAAAGCAGAGAAUGAGUACAUUGCUGGAAUAGUUUUGACCUCUUCUUCUUCCUUUGAAUUGAAAUCCUUUUUUGUUUCCUUACUGCUCAAUAGAGUUAGGCUAGUUUGUAGAAGUAGUUAUUUCUCUUUGAAUGUAAUAUUAUAUUAUAUUAUAUAUAUAUUAUAUAUAAUGUAGGAAAGAAAAUGUUAAGGGAUACUAUCUGCUGCAGUUAGUUCAUCAUUCUAGAGUCC